AUGGGAAUGGCAGAGACCUUACGGCAACAACAACAACAGCAACAGCCACAACCGCCACCGUCACCGCCACUGGUACCUCCACCUGUGAUACAAGAUUUUCAAGCUGAGGACCGAACCAUUACACUUACAAAGGAGUUUAAAAAGAUGAAACCACCAUCAUUCAAAGGAGGAAUAGAACCGAUGAAAGCUAAGGCUUGGGCGUUGGGAAUAGAAAAGUUGUUCGAAGUUUUCCCUUGUACCGAAGCCCAAAAGGUGCAACUUGCUGCCUUCACUCUCGAAGAUGAAACACGGAGGUGGUGGAUGCUUACGAGAACUAUGCACCCAGGAUUAACAUGGGACAGAUUCCUAGAACUGUUUUAUGACAAGUAUUUUCCUCAAAGUAUGCGAGAUAAGAAGGUGACAGAAUUUGAAACUCUCAGGCAAGGGAACAAGACCGUAGCAGAGUAUGAGGCCCAAUUUGCAGAACUAGCCCGGUUUGUACCUCAUAUGGUGGAUAUGGAUUAUAAGAAGGCACGAAAAUUUGAAGGGGGAUUACGGAGUGCUAUCCUGGACAAAGUCAACAUGUUAAAGUUACCAACCUAUGUUGAUGUGUUGGAGAGGGCUGUUAUAGCAGAGGGAAACCGUGCUGCUCAGAGUCGGAUUUCUGAAUGGAAAGGAAAGAGGCAAAAUAAUCAAUUAUCAAGGGGGCCAACUACUCCACCUAGCAAGAGACAAAACUUAGGGACUUCCAGUGUUUUUACCCUUCCACCAGACUCAAUUCCUGUUUGUUCAGAAUGUGGAAAGAAACAUCGUGGAACGUGA